CCACGUCACCAUGACAAAAUGAGUUUCACCUCCCAGUGUUAUUGACAGAGGAGGGAUGUUGCACAUGGUUCAGUUUUGACAGCGUGACUGGCUCGUACGCUACAAUACAGAUAUAUUUUCUCACAUUGGACAGGAACAGGUCGACCGACCCCGGCUUUACCUGAUGGACAACUAGUCUGCGUUUUCAUGGUUUAUUUGUCUGUAAGCAGCGAGACAGACUGCUCUCCUGACCCGCCGCACGGUUUCCUGACGUCCCAUCGAGAUCGAGACGGGAUGGGUGAGUCCUGGACUGCUCGGCCCAUCCCCGGUCAGCCGCUAGUGGGCGCUGAAGAGCGAGUCAGCCAGCAGUCAGUGCCAAAAUAGUUCAGUUGCUUACUACUGGCUAGAAUGAAGCCGUGAUGGGUUUGAUGGAGCUGACUUGUGUUGGAGCUUUACACCGAUACCAAACAGACCUUCAUGCUUUGUAAAAACACAGUUUCUGCCACAACAUGGGCGAGAGUCAGAAUAACUACUGGGGACAGCAUGACCUCAACAGAGUGUGCUUUGGCCUGAGUGCUGGCAUGGAACACAACCCAGCGGAGCUUCAACAACAGCAAAUGGCCAAGGAAUUUAACUGCAACAUCUCCCUCUCCCAGCCUCCUUUCUACUCUGAUACUUCCCGUCUAACAUGUGAUAACAUACUGCAGCCCCAUGAGGGAGACCAGGUGGUUCCUUCUUCCCAGAGACGGACAGUGUUUGGGAGCCACCAGAGGGAAGCCAAACCCCUGCCGCCUCUGCCUGACCCUGAGGAGCUCAUGUCUGAUGAGGCAGCCGACAGUGAGGUGGAGUUUUUUACCAGUGACCGACGGCGCCUUUUGCCCAAAAGCUGCCCCAAGGCCAUAUGCAGGGGCAUGAACAGAGACUGUGGCCAAGUAAAUUAUGCCUACCAGGAGAGCUCGUUGCAGGCAGGUGAUGCUGGGAUUGGCUCCAUGGCUUUCUCUUGGCCAGGCAGAGAGGACAGACCAACAGGUAGAGGAAGCGGGUUUGGAGCCAACAUCUGGUCACUAGCUCUCCAGAGGGAAGACCAUCAGCAUGUGGUGUCAGCAGUCGGGGACACUUUGUGUAGAAAACAGCCAGACCAAUGCCAAUCACCCAGACUCCGGUUUUCCUGUUCAGGCCCUCCUUCCCAGCCUCUCCACAGCACAACCACAACCUGCCCCACUGACAAGCCCCAAAUCCCUCCUCGUAUCCCCAUCCCGCCAAAACCUCCAGGUCUUUUAAAGAAUGCGACUGCCAACGAGGACAACAAGCCUCCCAAAAUUCCACCAAGGGUCCCUUUAGUCCCACCCUGCCCACCACGUACCCCGAGUCCCAAAAGCCUUCCAAUUUAUAUCAAUGGUGUGAUGCCUGCCACACAGAGUUUUGCUGCUAACCCAAAAUAUGUGAGUAAGGCAUUACAGAGGCAGCAGAGUGAAAGGGCGCCACCUGCAGCUCAGUUUUCUCCCUGCAUUGUUCCCAUUUUGAAGGAUGGCAGACAGGCCAGCGCUACGCACUACAUCCUCCUGCCGCCGGGCCGACCAGCAUGCUCGAACAGACGAGAAAGACUCCUGAGUGAACCAGCCAGGACAGGAAACAGUAGCGUCUGGCAGAACAGAUAGAAACCCUAACUUAUGUGACUGUCUGAAACUUGAGUACAAAACUGUGACUCAUAAAUAACCAAGUGAUACACUAUUGUACAUAGUGCGUGAAUACAUCCACAUGCUACAUUCACGUCAUAUUGGUGUUAGUUUCAAUGACUGAUGUAUUUCAAGAUCACUUAAGUCAGACAACACUGUGAUGUUUUUGUCUGUUUUUAACUGAACAUUUUACCGGUCAGUAUUUGAGCAACGUUUCCUCUAGUUCAACCUGUAAAACAUCAUAACAUUCCAGUAUUUUCACUAAUAGUAGAGAAUUUUUUUUUUUACCUCCUAUAACCAUUUUCAAUUUUGGUUUACUGAAAUACUGCAGUUUUCUCCCAGGGAAAAUGUCUCAUAACUCAUUUCUUUUUGCUCACAUCACUUAAACAACCUGAGCUACUAUUAUAUUUCUUACAAGAGAGCAAAUAAUUACUGUAUGUACAAGCUGGGCUUGUACAAAAGUGUUCAUCCCAUGUGCGUUAUUUUUUUAUGACAAUGCUGCUUGAAAUCUUAUAAUGUAUUGAUAGAUUUAAUGUUUUACCGAAUCAUUCUCACAUUAGGAUUUGUGGUAACUUUAACCAUGAGCAAUGUGGCCGAUAUUAGAAUAAGACAACACAAAGAAAACAUGCUUUGAACUACAGUGAUAUAAAACACUUGCUCAAGCCUUAUGCAGCUUUCACUAUCAGAAAGCUGAUAUCUUUUUAUUUCAAAGUUACACCUGGCUACAACACUCUCAUUUCAAGCAUUGACCUUUGCACCAUAUUCUAUGGUCACAUGCACAGUUUAAUUAAGUUUAAUUUAUUUCAAGGAACAUUCUGUGAGCCGAAGACAAACAAAAGAGCAGCAGCAAAAUUCUGAACACAUGACUGAAACCUGCUGUCACCCUUAAAGUGAUUGACCGGUCUUUUAAUACAUAUGAAGAACACUAAUCAACAAGUCAUUAAUGUUUUCUGAGGCUGUUAAAGGUUUUACAUCAGUAGUGUUUGUAUGCAGAGGAGUAAAAGAGGCCUUUAUUUUCAGUUAUGGUCAGUUGACAAACUUAAUCACUAUGAAGAAUUAUUUUAAUUAUGUAUGUGCAUUUAGCUCAAAAAAUGUAUGUAUGGUCAAAAAAGUACAGACUGGGCCUUUAAUGCUUCUUUUGUGUGUGUGUGUGUGUGGACAUGGAAAUCAUGUUACAUUUUCACUGUUGAGGUGCAGACCCACGUUUAAAACCUUUGUUACAUCAACAGGUUGGAAGUUCUCAUGAAGGUAUGUGUGUCACAUUUGGCUCAAGGGUGUAUGUAAAUUCAUAAUGUUGUUUGUUGUCAAAAGCAAAUAAUUGUAAAAUUGUGUUUUUAAUCUAUUUAUAGAAAUAAAAUAACUUAUUCAUUCUA